AUGAUUUCUAGUGUGAUUCGACCUGACGUUGUUCACCACUACUCGAAAUCUGUAGACGUUAUCAUCGUCUUCAAAAAUGGCUGUAUUUCUACAUUCGGCGUGAUGGUGAACUGUCUAGUCUUCCUAUUCGUUCUUCGUCUUCCGUCAAUGGCAAAUCCAUUUGGCCAUCUCAUUACAAACCAAGCAAUCGGGAACGCUAUUCACCUCUGUGCUUUCUCCUUUUACUUCUCGCCGAUGGUAUUUUUUGAUAUCGAUGCAAUGAAAAAGUAUUCGCAUUACUGUGGUGUCAUUUUGAUAAUAUCGUUUGAAGUUUCAUUGUAUACACAUACAGUGAUCUCAUUGAACAGAUUUUGCGCUAUUUACCUGCCAUUUCGUUAUCGACGGAUUUUCACGUAA